AUGGCCACUCAAGCUGCUGCUGCCGCCUCAUUCAAUGGCAACCUAAAGAAAGCUAUGGCAGGUAUAAGGCGCAUCAAUCUCGACGGUCUUCGUUGGCGAGUAUUUGAUGCCAAAGGCCAGGUUCUCGGUAGACUAGCAUCUCAGAUAUCAACCGUGCUUCAAGCCAAAGAUAAGCCGACGUAUUGUCCCAACCGCGAUGAUGGGGAUAUUUGUAUUGUGCUCAAUGCUAAAGAAAUAGGCGUCACAGGAAGAAAGCUCACCGACAAGUACGUUGGACACCUGAAAGAACGGAGUCUCAAAGAUCAGAUGGCCAAAGACCCCACUGAGGUCAUCCGUAAGGCUGUCUGGCGCAUGCUUCCAAGUAACAAUUUGCGUGAUGACAGAGAUCGGAAGCUGAGGAUAUUCGAAGGCAAUGAGCAUCCUUUUGGGGACAAGCCACUCGAGCCAUUCGUGAUGCCGCCUCGUAGGGUCAGAGAGAUGCGACCGCGCGCAAGGCGUGCAAUGAUCCGUGCCCAGAAGAAGGCAGAUCAGGCAGAAAAUGGUGGAACAGAGGUCAAGAAAGGCAAGAAGAGGACUCCCUCUCAAGUAACUGCGUAG